AUGAAUAUGUUGGAUGAUGAAGAUGACCAAAGCUUUCACGCUACGCGUGACGGCUACUCCCAUUUGAGCGAUGUCGAAUGGGAUGCGGUUGAACGAAUGGGUUCGACCAUGGGCAUCCAUGCUGUUAGCGUCAUGCUAGAGGCUCUCAAUAGAGAUGCCCAACAUGCUACUAUCGCCAAGUUCAUUCAAAAUGAACUUGACGCAGAACGCGAGAAAGUAGCCUUGCUUCACCAACAAGGUUCUCAACAAGCAGAGUUGUUGAGAGAACAGGGUGCUCAACAGUUUGAGCUGUUGAGACAGCAGCAGGCUGCUGCUGGCGGGUCGAUGCACUCGCGUCGGCCCGAGACUUUGAAGAUUGACAUCUCAAAGUAUGGGGGGGUCGAAGAAGACUCCCUCUUGAGAUGGUUCGUCGAAUUGGAUGACGCCAUAAGGGCGCGUCGCAUCGACGACGGGGAUAUGCAAGUUGCAUUUGCCCAGUCAAAUCUGGCAGGACGUGCCAAGACUUGGGCACUGGGGCUCAAGCUGCACGACCCAUAUGCGUUUGGGUCGUUGGAAGUCUUCAAGUCGCGGCUCAGACAAACGUUUGAAACCACCAACCACCUGCGGGGCGGCCCCCCCGGCCCCCCCCCUCUCUUCGAGCGCAAGGGGGAUUCACUAGAACAAGCCAUUUCAAUUGCGGAGCAGGAAGACUUCAGUCUGAGACAGGCUCGCGCCAGCUCGACAUCAUAUCGUCAACCGAGACGAUAUGACAACGGAGGUCCAGAGCCGAUGGAACUCUGUUAUGUAGAGAGCGAGAAGGCUCGCUCUACAGGCUACAAGAAGUUGCAGAGAUGCAACAGAUGUCAAAAGACAGGACACUACGCUUACGAGUGUAGUGCCCCUCGUCCAGUGUCUCGCGACACUGGGCGUAGUGACCGUCCACCCAUGAGAAAGGGGCAGGGACGAGGGUCCGCAGUUGGUGCAAAGACGCAACAACGGGAUGGACCGUCAAAAAACGGACAGGAUCAGUAG